UUAAAAAUUUCCAGAGGGCGGUCAAUUCACUAAAUACUCAGAGCCAUAGUCGUUUAAUAUUGUGUAGAACUGGGUGAGAUAGAAUAUUCGAGAAGCUGAAGUGAGAUUGGUUUUGAUUUUUAUUGCACUUCAAUUGGUGGUUUGCUUCUAUUUUGUUGUUGAUUACCAUCUUAACUACAGAAUAAUCCUUUACUGAGAGAGCCUGAUUGGGGUUGUUCCAGUUUCCAGAGACUAUAAUAUUAAUUCUACUCGUACGAACAUUUAUUAUUUUGAGUACAAUCUAAGACUCGUCGACUUCGAGUUACAAUGUCGAAAGUGGAAGAGUUCCAAGCAGAUUUAGAAGAACUAAAGAAGCUAGAGUCAGUUGCAGUUCGUAAACGUGUUAAAGAAGCACUUUCUAUUGAAAUUAGAAAAAUCGAGACAUUUCUGAAAGACCUACAUGGAACAUCAUCCACUGGGACUGAAGUUAAAGCUAAUGCCACUCGGCCCCAGUAUUGUACGGUAAAGAUACAAAACUAUGCUUGGGAUCAGUCAGACAAGUUUGUGAAGCUGUAUGUCACGCUACCCAAUGUUCAAAGCCUUCCUUCUGAGCAAGUUAAAACAAACUUCCUGGAAAAGUCAGUGGAACUGCAAGUUGUUGGGCUGGAAAAUAAAAUUCAAGUUUUAACCAUAAAGAAUUUGACCUACCCUAUCAAGCCUCAGGAGAGUUACCACAAAGUUAAGAAUGAUACAGUGACAGUGUUUUUAAAGAAAGACUCCACCAAACACUGGCCAUAUGUGACUGAAAUUGAAAAGAAAGUUAAGGAUUCUAGAACUCCCAAGUAUGAUGAAGACACCAGUGAUCCAGGUAAGAGUCUGAUGAACCUCAUGAAGCAGAUGUAUGAUGACGGUGAUGAUGAAAUGAAAAGAACCAUUGCUAAAGCUUGGACUGAGGCAAGAGAGAAGCAGUCUGGUGAAAUGGACUUGUAAAUAACUUCAGAUGGCAAGUCAUUGUGGGGAAACGGGCCCUUGUGAAAGAUAAGUUUACCAGCAGAAAAAAAAUAAAUUAUUACAUCUUGUAGACGUGUUAAUCUGUGAAGCAUACUUGAUAAUUAUCACUAAUAAAAAUAUUUCUUUGUAAAAUCAGA